UUGUGAUUUUUUUAAAUAUUUCAGUAUGUUUAGGAAAUGUUACACGCAGAGUUUCCUAUUAAAUGUUUAAAGACUACCUACCAAUAUGGAUAUUAAUAAAUUACUGCGACGUACAUAACAUCAACAAAAUUAGAAUGAAAAGAUCUUGUUCAUCAUUGCCACUGUGCAUACAGUUUUAUAUUCCGCGAAAGCAUAUAGAAUAAUAUUUAUAGAUGUAAAUAGUUAAUAUUGAUAUAGCUCUAUAACUUUUCUAAUGUCCUAUGGAUGUGCAUAAAAAUAUCAAUGUAGAACCAAUAGUUUAAAGUAGUUACAAGAUAUUUACUAUGGAACUACAAACAGAUAUUUCUACUUUGCGAUCACCAGUUAAUAUGAGAAAUACAGGCAAUGUAUUUUAUACACCCUUGACUUCAUUUGCUGAAAUGUGGUAUCAAAUAUUUUUAUGGGCCCUAUUUUCUUCUAUUUUUGUUCAUACCAUAGCUGGUGCAAUCUGUUUUGCUACAUUACGACAACAUAAAUAUGGAAAAUUCUUCCCAUUGCUGAUUAUAAUAAUGGGUAUAUCGUUACCACUAACAUCAGGAGUUCUUAGCUCUGCUGCUGUUGCUUUUGUGUAUAGAGCAUCACGUUAUCCACUGCCACCAUUAUAUGCAUUAUUCUGGGGUAUUGGGCAGACUGUUGUAGCAGGAUGUGUUGGAUUUACAAGAAUUUUAGCUACUUUGUAAUACAAAGUCAUUUUCAAACAAUGUACAAGGAAUAUUAAUAUUAAGAAUGGGUUGUAAGUAAUGUAUGAUGAAUAUUUUGAAAAAACAAGUGAAUACUAUUUUCUUUGUAUUAAUUAGUAUUACUUAUAGACAAUUCUGUAUAUGGAAAUUUGUACAUAUAUAAAUAU